UGAAAUCCUCCGCAGUGAAUGCAGCUUUUACAGCAUUGAGCGAAGCGUUCCGUUUGCUGACCGACACACAUAAAACAGCGCUUGAAGCAUUAAAGGCUGAAAUGGAGAAAACCAGAAAAUCAGUGGAAUCCGCAACGACAUUGCCUGCAACUCCCAUUUCAUGGCCCGUUCCAAAUAGAGCUGGAGCCAAACGUGCUCGCGAGACCGAGGAUGAUAAAUCUCUUUCUAAAUCCGAUGUCCCCAGCCUAACGUGUGGCAAGAAAAAGGGUGAUGUAGCAAAGGUACCCACAAUCACUGUUCAACCCGCUACUAGUAAAUGCUGGAUUUAUUUGUCGCGAAUUGCCACCACCGUUUCUGAAGACGAGGUUGGUGCUAUGGUUAAGGAGUGCCUUUCAACGGACGAUCCGGUCGAAGUGAAGAAGUUAGUGAAAAAAGACGCAAAUUUGAGCGGGCUUAAUUUCAUUUCUUUCAAAAUUGGUUUUGACCCUAAACUUCGUGAAAUGGCCCUCAAUGCCGAAACUUGGCCGGAUGGGAUGUAUUUCCGCGAGUUCAUCGACUUUCGGCAAGAACGUACUAAUGACGGGAAGCAGGGGUUUCGGAAAACACCUCGACUGGGAUAAAUCCAUCGCAAAUAGCAGUUAUUUUAGACUACGCACCGACAAUUCGCCUGUUGAUCAACGGCAACCGGGACGCAUCGUAGAAAGCAAUAUGGAAUCCCCCAAUCCUCCCAGCACAGUCGUGCCUCUCGCAGUCAGCAGUAUCUUCAGUCGUCCCGGCCCUGUGUCUGGGAAUGGAGAGGGGGACUCCCAAAUUGCCCUCUUUGGCAACUCGAAUGCUUCCGACUGUCAAUUAAUAAGUCAACGAUGUCAGCCGUCAGCUGGAAACCUCCUGAGGAGCACUCCAACUUCCAUCACGGGUGCUACCAAUUCAUGCAGUUCACCCGCGCCUUCUGCUGUUAGCAGUCAUUCCAGUCUCCCCGGUGUGCAUUCCAGACGACGGAAUCAAGGAGUGCCGGUCAGCCUUCCGUGCCUAAUACCGUCGCCCAUCCAUUUAUACUAUCAAAAUGUGGGUGGCAUGAAUUCCUGUGCAAAUACCUAUCGCCUUGCUACCUCGGACUGCUGUUACGACAUUAUCGCAUUGACAGAAACAUGGCUAAAUGAGCAGACCCUUUCCAGCCAGGUGAUUUGCUCUGACUACGAGGUUCUCAGAUGUGAUCGGAGUCCUCUCAACAGCCACAAAUCCUCCGGAGGCGGUGUUUUGCUCGCUGUGCGUCGUGGAAUUAAAGUUCAACACAUAACAAAUGAUGCUUGGAACAGCAUCGAACAAGUAUGGGCAGCGAUAAAAUUGGGAAAUCGAACAUUAUAUAUAUGUGUGGUUUAUUUCCCUCCCGAUAAAAUUCGCAACUCUGCACUAGUUGAUUCUCAUUCUGAAUCAUUGACUUCUGUUGCUGCGAUGGCGCAACCCACUGACGAAAUCAUGAUCCUCGGCGAUUUCAACCUUUCUACAAUAAAGUGGCGUUCCAUUCAUAACGGAUUUCUACAACCCGACCCAGACGAAUCUGUUUUUCAUCCUGGCAGCAUUACUCUUCUGGAUGGCUAUAGCACGGCUACACUUCUGCAGAUUAACAGCACAACGAACGAGAACGACCGGAUUUUAGAUCUAUGCUUCGUUAAUGCCAGAGAUCAAUCGCCGCAUAUUUCCACCGCCCUCGCCCCGCUAGUAAAAUCCGUUCGCACCCUUUCACUCUACCACUAUCGGCAGAAGGCCGACAGCACCCUGUCGUCGCCGGUCUAA